AUGCGUAGCUAUCCACAACCGUGCGUUUUUGUCGAAAUUUUUUACGACGUACGACAAAACUGUGGAAUAUGUUGUCGCCAGCAGUGUUUUCGGACCAAUACGACCCAAGAACCUUCAAAAAAAGAGCGUACUCCUUCCUUAAAGGCCGGCAUCGCAUUUGUGAUACUCCUGGUGUUGCAAGUGUCCAUGGGCGACGGUGAUCACUUACCAGCAGGUGAGCCGUCUGCUGGUGGAGUACACCGUGAAGGAGAAAAUACUUUGGACAUAUCCGCCGAUUUGAAUGAACUUGGUCGAAGUAAAACUUUGGUGGUAUGCAGCGGUGUAAAAUCCAUCCUCGAUAUAGGGCGAACGCUCGAGUAUUUGGAAACUCAGGGUGUUUGUGUCUGUGCAUAUGGUAAGAAUGCUGACUUCCCUGCCUUCUAUACGAUCCGGUCGGGCCAUCGAGCGCCAUAUCAUGUUGAGAGCCCCCUACAAGCGGCGCAUGUUCUAAACGCAGCACGCAGUCUCGAUCUGGCUUCAGGCAUUGUAAUAGCCGUACCGGUACCUGAAGAACACGCAAUGGAUGAAUCUGUGAUAGAAAAGGCGAUAGAAGUUGCCUUAGUUGAAGCUAAGAAGAAAUGUGUCAAAGGCAAAGAAGUGACACCUUUCAUAUUAUCAGCUGUUGCAAAGGUCACCGGCGGUGCUUCUCUUGAAGCCAACAUCGCCCUCAUAAAGAACAAUGCGAAAGUCGGCGCAGAUAUAGCGGUCGAAUUCAAAAAAGUGAAGAAUCUCGACAAUUCUAUUGGCAAUAUUGGAUUCCACGGUCCGACCAAUACUCGUAGAUAUUUUCAUACUUCGUCAGCGGCGAGGGAUAAGCUAAACGACGAUGGUGAAGAUUGGCCUUUUUUCACAAAACCUCAAGACAGGCAAGGUGAUAUAUUAGUGAUUGGUGGUGCCAACAUGGACAGGACAUACCGAGUGUCUGAAAAUAAAGUUCAGGUAAGUACUCAUAGUGCCUAA